CUUUCCCUUCGCUGCUUCGGUCUGCGGCACCAACAAAACACUACGUCGACCACAGGUCACAUGACUGCGGUAUACACCGGCGCUGCGCCGGCGUGAAGAACGAUCGCGUUGUGCAACACCCCCUGGUUCUGGACCUUGAACCAGGAAAUGGGCCAGAUCAACCCCACAAACGCAAGGAACCAGGGUUCAUUCUUUGCGGUGUACCGGCGCAUUGUCGCCAACCUGGUUGAUCUGUGCGACAUUGAUGCCCAAGAACGUCCGACCCGACAUUGUCGAUCCGGAAUUCCUGAUUGCACGAGUUUGAUCUGGUCUCGUAGCGUUUAGUAUAGGUGUGGCAUCACGCUCAAAGUCGGGAUCAUCAUCGACAUCAUGCCG